AUGUCUACUACGCGACUCCAUCCCCACCAUUCUCUCCCAGCGCCCGUUGUCCAUGCUGGAUUCUCCGUUUCCCAGUCCAAGUCCUAUGUUCUGGCCGGCGUCCAGGACGCGUAUUGGAGCGACGACGAAACUGAGGACGCGGAAUGUCCUCUCUGCCUUGAAGAAAUGGACAUCUCCGAUCUUAAUUUCAAGCCAUGCAUAUGUGGCUACCAGAUCUGCCGUUUUUGUUGGCAUCAUAUCAAGGAGAAUUUGAACAAGCGUUGCCCCGCUUGUCGAAGGAUCUACACGGAUGAUGCGGUUGAAUUCAAGCCAAUUGCUACUCAAGACCACAAGCGUCUUAUGCAGCAGAAGAAACAAAGGGAUCGCGAGAGGAAGGAGCUGGAGUCAUUGGGCAGACGGCAUCUAGCUAACGUGCGGGUUGUACAAAGAAACGUGGUGUAUGUGGUUGGCAUAGGACCUCGCUUUGCUAAAGAAGAGCUCAUUCCGACUUUGCGUUCAAAUGAGUAUUUUGGCCAAUAUGGCAAGAUUACCAAGAUACUUUUGGUCAAGCGAAACUCUCCUGGGGGUGGAGGCCCCGUUGUCGGGUUAUAUAUUACAUAUCAUCGAAGAGAAGAUGCCGCUCGGGCCAUUGCCGCUGUGGACGGGACUUCCUCUCCUGGAGGCGGUAGGGAAGUCAUGAGGGCUAGCUAUGGCACUACAAAGUAUUGUAUGACUUUCCUUCGUGGGGUGUCAUGCAGUGACCACAGUUGCAUGAAUCUACAUGAAUGGGGUGAUGAAAAGGAUUGUUUCACGAAAGAGGAUCUGACCACACUGAAACACACGAUGAAGGCGACCGAGAGCCGCACGAGAACUAUCACCGCAAAGAAGGGUGACGAGGACGUGCCUUUGCCACGUGCUGCCUCCUGGGGUCAGAAGGGUGUCAAUAAUUCAUCGGCUGCUGCAGGCUCCAGUUCUUCUGCUACAAGCAAUGCCAUCUCGAGGCAAUCACGAAGAAUGGGUAACACUAGACAGCCCCGUAAUGUCGCAAGCACUGUAGGACACUCUGAACCUCGAUAUAGCCAGGGCAAGUCAAUCCUGGAACGGAAAAUUGCGACCUCCUCUGUUUCAAGGCCUUCAACUCCUGCAACAAGCGAGGCAAGUCGCACAGAAAUAUCCAACGACACCAAGACGGCAAAACAGAAGGAGGUAACGACACCUGCACCACAGGCUGUUGAUUCACCUGCAGCGUCGACGUCUAACUUAGAUUUGGGUUCGACCGUGCCGGAGACAAUACCGCUGGAACGACCAGAGUCAACAGAUUCUUCGGAACUUAAGCCUCAACCUACAACAUCCAAACCAACGGUCCCGAAUCCCUUGUCACCGCCUCCGGGUCUGCCUGCACCUCCUGGCUUGUCCGCUCCGCCGGGAAUAUCAUCUCCAAGUAGACCUCCUCGUGCGGAGACCGCCUCGCCCCAAACUCCGCUGCUUGCCUCACAAUCGUCCUACCAAAUGUCCACAGCCGCUCGCGCUCUUUUGGACGAUGUAAAAGCGCGAAGAGAGUCUACUCUCCCUCUGGCUCCCGCCUUUAGUCCUUUCCCAGAUUUUGAUCGAACUCUGCAAACUCUUAGUGGGGACGACGGUGGAGGAUUCAGCUUCAAUCUUGACCCUAAACUUGCAGAUGAGGCGGAUUCUACUGCUGCUCUCGAGUUCAACGUGACGUCCAGUGCCCCGUUCCAUGGCUCAUAUAUCGACGCUUUCCCCGCCCUUCGAUCUGGUUCUCCAUACGGCCCUUCGCCUGCAAUAGGGCAUGGUCACGGUCCGCAUCCAUCGAUAUAUGACCCAGCGCUUCUACGUCCAUCUUCUGGACAUCAGUCAGAAAAACAAGCAUCGAGAGGUCCUGCCUACAGCGGUUCUUUCAACCCAUUUUCUGAUGCGAUGGUGGAGAGCACUGCAUUGUCAUCUCCUCAGAGAAUGCCGUCGUCUCCUGUGGACGAGGAACGCAAAGUUUCUCGUUUCGGGUUCGCCCGGGGUCGCCAAUCAUCGACUGCUGCUUCCCCCCUUCAUUCUGUCUCGCCUCUUGCUUACUCGGGAGACCAUCAUAACUUUUGCAACCCCACAGAGGAAACUUCAGCAAAUGCUUUGCAUGCUUGGUCACAAAAUCUACAAGCACCGAAUUCCCUCUCUAAUUCUCCGGUGUCCCAGCCUGCCCCAGCUAGGACGCAUUUCCAGCAACCCCAACAGAAUCGACUUCAGCCCACAACGAAUGAAUUAAGCGAAGCACAGCUACGCAAUUUUAUCAUCUCCAGCCAGGAAAGGACUAACGGGUUGAGAGGUUCAGCAGAUCAGCAGCACCUUCAAUAUAUGUCUUCACAGCCUUUCGAAGAUCCAGCCAUUAUGUCCGCCAGUUUCAGUGCCUCAACAAAUGAUCAAGUCUUCGCUUCCAUGGCAUAUGGACCUCCACCCGGUCUUCAACGUCCAACUCCUCCGUCAAUGAUGCAUACCCAAGUCGCUAAUGUUGCUGUCGAUGGGCGCAGCAAUUCCGCACAGGUCUCAGCUUGGACCUCAACCACCGCCGCAACCCUUUUGUCGCCCGAAGACUUUCCUGCGCUCGUCCCCAGCUCUCCAGACCCCCCUGUUGCAGCAAAUACCCAGGACUCGACAAACCUAUUGGCGCCUUUUGCUGUGACUGGGAAGGAUCGAGAGAAAGCUGAACGUAAAGCCGUUAGAAAGGACGCAGCGGCUGAAAAAGCCUUAGAGAAACAGAGGCUGGCUCAAGGGAAGGCGGAAGCAAAGGCCGCGGAAAAAGCGAAAGUUAUUCGUGAUAAACAGUCUGAGAAGGAGAAGGCCGAGAAGGAGAAAAACACUGGACCUCAUUCGGCGCCUACCGCGAAAGAUGCUAGAGUUGUCGAACCUGUGCCUAAUCCGUUAGUUGCAGUGCCGUCCAAGCUGACAAAGAAGCCAUCAAGACAAGAGUCCCAGAACGAGAAACCCACCACGUCAAAGAAGACUUCUCCAAAGACCAGUGACUCCUUCCCUACCAACAAACGCCAGGAUUCGAUCUCCAGCCCGGCCAAGACGAAGCCAACUCCUCCCGUGAAGUCGACAAAUUCCCCGGUAGAUGAUAUAACGACACAGGUUCCCCUCCUUUCUAAGAAACCCAAGAAGAACAAGGCCAUUGUUAAACCCGUCAAGGUUGUAAAGGAGGAAGAGACGCACGAGGAACCUUUGCCGUCCGUUAGUGAUGCGGGUAGACCUCAUGGCCCCACCACAACCUCGAGCUCUGCCAACUCUCGCUCGCAUUCAGUUGAUCAUCAUCAAGCUCCCACAAGUGUUCACCGUCUCUUGGAGCAAAUCGACGCCGUGACCCCCGGGUUAGACCUAUGCAAUCACCCUUUCUUUAACAUCCAGCGCCUUACAUCUCCAGCGAAGGUGCCCCUUGAGUAUGGUCCUCUAGUCCACGCCCUCUCUGCGUUGUCUGUUGGCGGGGGGUCAUUUGCCAACAAUAUGCCAUCAGGAUCGAUCGACAAUGCUGUCUCCUCUUUUCAACAAUUGUUGGAGACACUCACCCAAACGAUUUCGGACCUCCUUCGCCUUCUUCCUCGUACAACCUGGGACGACAGUUCUUCGUUCGACGGAGUUCUACGAGACAUGCUCAAGGGUGACGACUUCCUUGAUGAUGGAGGUGAGGAUGGGCCAGGUAAAGAAGAUGAAGUUGCUGCCCUAACUUUGGCACUGGAGCGUCGGGCGCGUUGGAUGGAGGUGCAACUGUCGAAGCUGGAAGAGCUGCAUCGUGACAUCAAUACGGCCGCAGUGCGUGCAGUGCUCUCAUUCAACGACAGCGGUUGGGAUAGAAGUGGCUUUUUGCCGCGCGUCGGCAACACGUUGAAUCGAUUCAACAGCAUUGGGAUGGUUGUGCAGGACGGCGAGUUGAGGCCGAUGACGGCAGACGAGCUUGAGAAGAAACUCGCUGUUGCGGAGGAAGCUGCCGUUUUCGCGGAGACGGAGCUGCGGGAAGCUAUGGAGAAGUAUCAUAACUUCAAGAGCUCAUCAUCGUGA